AUGGCUGUCUCAGCUGCAGCGAGGGCCGUGUUCAUCUCAACCGCCGCCGAUUUUUCCGUCAGGACGACCUCCCGGCCGUCCCUGUCCCCUCCCAUCCACCACCUCCUCAUACGCCCCUUGCUCGCCGCCGCCGCUGCGGCCCCCAAGAAGCGCGCUGCCGCAAUCAGCUGCUUGAUUUCCGGCGUAGACGGUGGAGGAGUCUCCGACGAGUUCGUUUCCACCAGAAAAUCCGGCUUCAGCCGUGAAUUCUCCGUCAUAGCGAACAUGCUGAAGAGAAUCGAGCCCCUCGACAAUUCAGUUAUCUCCAAGGGGGUCUCGGAUUCGGCUAAGGACUCCAUGAAGCAGACGAUUUCAACUAUGCUCGGGCUUCUUCCGUCCGAUCAGUUUUCUGUCACCGUUAGGGUUUCAAAACAGCCCCUCGAUCAUCUAUUAGUCUCCUCCAUAGUCACUGGAUACACACUUUGGAAUGCAGAGUAUAGGAUAUCUUUGAUGAGGAAUUUCGAUAUGUCGCCUGAUAGUCUCAAAAGUUCUGAUUUUGUCGAUAAUGAUGGGGCCUCGGAGGUGAGGUGGGAGGCCGGUGAUGGUGGCGGAGAUGACAGAGGACUUGGUGGUGAUGUUCAAGUGAGUGCAGAUGAAUUGGAUAGAUUGAAUCUACAAAAUUCGAGAGAUUUAUCACCGGAAGCUUUAAAGUAUAUACAGAAAUUAGAAUCAGAGUUGUUAGCUACUAAGCAGGAACUUCAUGCCCAGAAACAGGAAAAUUUGCAGAUGGAGCGUAUUAAGAAGAGUAGUAACAAUCUUCUGGAGUACCUGAGGUCAUUGGAGCCUGAUAUGGUAAUGGAGCUAUCUAAACCAUCUUCACCGGAGGUGGAAGAUAUUAUCCACCAACUUGCUCGAAAUAUAUUGAGGAGAUUUUUCAAAGAGGAGAUUGUAUCUGAUAACGAGGAUUUGGCUUCGAGCAGCAUACAAGACUGCGAAGACACGGAUAGUGAAUUUGGUGAUGCUAUCAUUGGCACUUCUCGGGAUUACUUGGCCAAGUUGCUCUUCUGGUGCAUGUUACUGGGCCAUCAUCUGAGGGGUUUGGAGAACAGAUUGCAUCUAAGUUGUGUUGUUGGUUUGUUAUAG